UGCCCGGUUAAUUCAUACCAAAUUCUCCACUGGCAUUCCAAAGAGAGAGAGAGAGAGAGAGAGAGAGAGAGAGUCAAAAGGCGAGAGCUUUCCCCACAAUCUCACGGUUCUUCUCUCUUCUUCCUCCUCCUCCUCCUCCUCCUCCUCGUGAUCGAGAAAGCACGAAACUCAAGCACGCUCAGAACUCAGGAUUGGGUGGCCCAAUCGGAGAUUUCACUCGGAAACUGAAGCAGAGCAAUAUUGGAGCAGAGCAAAGACGAAAUGGUCAAACCCCCCACCUCAGUUUUUCCUCCUCCUGCAAACAUGUCCCAGGUUCCCCCUUUCUUCCACGAGCAUUUAUGGGGGUAGAUGGCCCGCCACCAUCUUUAACUCCUCUAUUGACUGUCGAGAGUCUCUCUGUCUCUUCAUCAAACACUUCGAGCUCAGAGUCAAGAAUUCGCUCAAUUUGCUCUGUUUCUCGACUUCGACCUCUUUGAUCAGCUUUUUCCCACCCAUCAUUUCGCCGAGAAGAAGAAGAGGGUAGGGAGUGAUUGGUUCGUCUCUGGCCACCCUCGGUCGAAUAUGACCCUCCACCAAGCAAAACUCAGCAUCACAAUCGCCAUCUUCGUCAUCGUCGCCAGCGUUGCCGUCCCAGCACCUCGAGCCAGAGCUCAGAACUCGACUUCCCUCUGCGACCGGACUUGCGGGACCGGAGAGUCGGCGAAGCGCGUUGACUACCCAUUUGGGUUCUCGAGCGGAUGCGAGAUCAAAUUGAGCUGCACGCCCGUCAACGCCAAUGAAAGCGAGAUCACAAUCGGUGGAUUCCGGGUCCUCAACGUCACCCGGUCGAGCAUCCUGGUCAGCCUCCCUGCCGCCUGCGACCGUUCCGUCUGGUCGGUCUCCCCGCUCUUCGCCGCCAGCUACGCGCCCACCUGGGCCAACGGCUUCCUCCUCCAGAACUGCUCGACUCCCCCGAGCGGAGGUAGCUGCCUCAUACCUACCAGCUUCGUGAAGGGCCGGUUCGGGGCCGAGCACUGCGAGGCCAGGAGCGACAACAUAAGCUGCUUCUCGCCGGAGAACAGAGGGUUCGACGUGAUGGGGUACGAGGUGGUGGGGGGGACCGGGUGCAAGUUCCUGUUCUCGGCAGUCUCGGCGGUGGGUUCGGACGAGAACUCGCUCGAGUUCCAGGUGAUCGAGCUCGGGUGGUGGAUGGCAGGGUCCUGCGGAGAAGGCGGGAAGUGCGGGGCGAACGCGAACUGCACGGAGGUGCGGCUCGCCAACGGCGGGAACGGGUCACGGUGCGAGUGCAGGGAGGGGUUCGAGGGCGACGGGUUUGCCGCCGGCGGCGGUUGUCAGAGAGUUUCAAGUUGCAAUGCUUCGAAGUACUUCUCCGGUGAUUGUAAAGGAAGUUCAAGGAUCGGCCUUCUUAUUGGAGGGCUGAUUGCCGGAGCUUCCACAAUGGCCGGCCUAGCCGGUAUAUGUUUUUUCAUCCGACGCCGGUCAAGUUUGCUCAGAAGCCGGAUGAGUGCAAAGCGGCUUCUGGAUGAAGCGGCUGGGAACUCCAGCGUCCCCCUGUAUCCAUACAAGUACAUCGAGAAAGCUACAAACAGAUUUUCCGAGAAGCAGAGAUUGGGGAACGGUGCCUACGGGACGGUAUAUGCCGGGAAGCUCCACAGCAACGAGUGGGUUGCUGUGAAGAGGAUCAAGAAUCGGGACACAGACAGUAUCGAGCAAGUCAUGAACGAGAUCAAGCUCCUCUCGUCCGUCAGCCACCCGAACCUUGUCCGCCUCUUGGGAUGCUGCAUCGAGAGAGAUCAGCAAAUACUAGUCUACGAGUACAUGCCAAACGGAACUUUGUCCCAGCACUUGCAGAAAGAGAGAGGAAAAGGGCUUCCGUGGACGGUAAGGCUCACUAUCGCCGCCGAGACGGCCAAUGCCAUCGCAUACCUCCACUCGGCCGUGAACCCUCCCAUCUACCACAGAGACAUCAAGUCCAGCAACAUCCUCUUGGACUACAGUUACAACUCGAAGGUGGCGGAUUUUGGCCUCUCCAGGCUUGGGAUGGUGGAGUCAGAGCUGUCCCACAUCUCGACGGCUCCCCAGGGGACUCCGGGCUAUCUCGACCCUCAGUAUCAUCAGAACUUCCACCUCUCGGACAAGAGCGACGUGUACAGCUUCGGGGUGGUCCUCGUGGAGAUCAUAACCGGGCAGAAGGUGGUUGACUUCUCCCGGCCGCACACUGAGAUCAACCUCGCCGCACUCGCGAUCGAUAGGAUCGGCAAGGGCUGUGUGGACGAGCUCAUAGACCCAAUCCUGGACCCGCACAGGGAUGCCUGGACGCUCUCGUCAAUCCACAAGGUGGCCGAGCUGACCUUCCGGUGCCUCGCCUUCCACAGCGACACGAGGCCAUCCAUGACGGAGGUGGCGGAAGAGCUCGAGCACGUCAGACAGAGCGGGUGGGCACCAUUGGACGAGGAUGUGGCAUGCGCCGCAUCGUCCGCGGCAUCCAUCUGUUCGUUGCCUUACGAGGUGAGCGUGAGGUCAACAGGCGGUGCGUCAUCGAAGAAGAAGACCGGCGCAGUGAACCAGAAGCUGUUGGUUCCACCGAAGCCGGCCGAGUGCUCGAGCUUGGAAGAGGUGAAGGACAGCUCCCCAGUCUCUGUCCAGGACCCUUGGUUGAGUGAUCAGAGCUCACCUUCAUCAAACAGCUUACUGAAUAACGCGAUUCAGCGAUGAACGAAAGGGGAUCUAAUUUCCGUGUUUUGCCCCCUUAUAUUUGCCAGGACUAUCUUGUCAAUAAACUUUCAGUUGGUUUGCAAAUUGGGUUACACUACAUCCCAUAUAAUGAUCACAAAUUUUACACAGGCAAAAA